GCACUCAAUGAUUAUGAAAGAUUGGAUUCAUCCAGGAAGUAUGAUCCAUUACAACAACAUAUUUCUACUGAUGAUGACGAUCCUUUGAAGAAGAAAGAAUCCGAGAAGCUUGUCACUUUUAUUGAACAUUUUAAUGAUCUCUUUGAUUUUGCUCAGUAUGAAGCAGCUGCCAUCCAUGCAGCGACAUCGCCUAUGGCAAUAUUACGGACACCACAAGCUAUGCAGAAAUUCAAAGAAGUUGAAAUUUUCGAGGGGUCAAAAUCACCAUUGUUCCUGUACUGUGAAGCUCUUAUGACCACGAGUGUAGUCGAUUCUGAAACUUUUAAAUUGUUACCAAGCAUGUCAUUGGAAUGUAUUUCCUGUGCUUUGAAGGAGAGUGGAAUAAACUUAGCUAUUCAUUGGCUUAAUCAACCUUGCAUUGUAUCAUCAAUACCUUUGGCUAACUUCUUAGUAGAUAGUUGUCAAUGUGUUCGCAAUUGUUGUUGCAAAUGCCAAGCACUUGCAGAAGGAAUUUACCGAAAGUUUGAAGCUCAUCAGCAGGUUGCCAACACCUUAGCAAGACAAGGGAAGUAUCGUGCCGUCAUUGAGUAUGGACGAACAAAUGGAGGUUUCAAGAUUGCCGACUACAAAGCCAUACUUGAAUCAAACCCCACAAUUUUCUACGCAAUCAUGCUUCUUCAAUCUAACCUGAACAGCAGAAGGACUGAAUGCGGUAUAUCAUUUUGUUGUAUCAUAAAUAUCUUACUUACAAACAAUGAAGAGGUACUUAUUUCAUUUCUUGAACAAAUUGCUUCCACUGGUGUUUACGAUUCAAAACGCAUAAAGCAUUCCAUAAGUGAUCUUAUUUUUCAAGAGAAAUCUUCGGAUAAGAUGACUACUGAGAAAUGGAAAAGAGUUAUGGAUCUUUGCUGUUCGAACGAUCGUUCUGAGAUUGCGAUGGAAAUUUUGAGUACAUUGCUUGUAAGACAAGCUUUGAAUCAUGCCUCCAUUUCCUCUUCAAUGGACUAUAUUUCAUAG